AGAUCACGGCUCCGAGGUUCGAGGUCAAACUUGGGUGUAAGGCAGAGCAUAUCAUGUUGAAGAUGAGCGGGUGGCAGCGACAGAGCCAAAAUCAAAUCCGGAACCUAAGGAGAGAGUGUUCCAGAAGGAAGUGUAUCUUCAUACAUCACCACACCUGAAGAACCUUAUCCAACUGCAGAGAUGGCAGCUGAGUCAUUGCCUUUUUCCUUUGGGACGGUGUCCAGCUGGGAGCUGGAAGCCUGGUAUGAGGAUCUGCAGGAGGUCCUAUCUUCAGAUGAAAAUGGGGGUACUUAUAUCUCAUCCCCUGGAAAUGAAGAGGAAGAAUCAAAAAUCUUCACCACUCUUGACCCUGCAUCUCUGGCUUGGCUGGCUGAGGAGCCAGGACCAGCAGAGGUCACAAGCAUCUCCCACAGUCCUCGUUCUCCAGACUCCAGUCAGAGCUCCCUGGCUCAGGAGGAAGAAGACGACGACCAAGGAAAAACUAGGAAACGGAAACAGAGUGGCCAGUGGCCAGUCCGGGCAGGAAAGCAACGCAUGAGAAAAGAACAGGAGAAUGAAAGGAAAGUGGCACAGUUAACUGAAGAGAAUGAACGGCUCAAGCAGGAAAUUGAGCGCCUGACUCAGGAAGUAGAAGCUACACGCCGUGCUCUAAUUGACCGAAUGGUUAAUCUGCACCAAGCCUGAACAAUUGGGACCAUCACUCCCCAACUGGGGCCACUACCGACCUUACCCUGAAGUGGCUACUGACCACCUUUACACCAGUGCCAGGGAUGUGACCCUCAACCACAUGUCCAGUAGGGAAAAGGCAUGGGGGAGACAAAAGAAAGGGUCUCAGGUUGUAUAGAGAUUGUACAUUUAUUUAUUACUGUUCAUGUCCAUUAAAGAGACUUUCUAUGAGCCUAUAA